AUGGGAAUCUCAGAGCACUAUGUUACCGAAUGGCAUGUGGUAUCGACUGGGUAUGUGAUGAUAGGUUUCGCCAGCACAGUGUUCCUGGGACGCUUUGGUCUACGCCUUUGGAAAUCAGCAGGAGUGCAAUGGGAAGACUUCUUCGUCGUCUUCUCAUGGCUCUCCUUCGUAACGAUGGCUGCCCUCUACAUCAUCGCCAUUCCAGGGGUGUAUAGGUUGACUGCUGUCAUGGAUGGCGCCGCUCCUCCAUAUGCCGCCAUGGAACAGGAGGCACUUUUCCUCAAAAAAGUAUUUUUCUCAACGACCAUGUUACUUUGGAUGUCGCUGUGGUCGGUAAAGUUGAGUCUGCUGGUUUUAUAUCGGCGAUUGUUGGCCCUCCUGAGUACUGAACUUCGUCUGUGGUGGGGGAUUCUCAUAUUCACGAUUUUAAGCUUCAUCGGUUGCAUUAUCUCCAAUGUUACGUCCUGUGGGACAUUAUCAGCAUGGUUCAGCAUGACCGGAUGUUCGAGGCCUAGAGAUAUUAAGGCGCAAAUUGCCAGUUUGUAUUUUUCGUAUGCGGUUGAUGUGCUUACGGACCUUAUGAUCAUGGCCUUGCCCUCGAAAUUGCUGUGGUCACUGCGAUUGCCGCUUGCCCAGAAAUUAAGUGUUGCAAGUAUUUUCAGCAUUGGCUUCAUCUGCAUUAUCGUUGCCACUGUGCGAGUAGUCCAGAUUGGAUCAAAGGCAAAAAACAGCAGCACACCAAGCAGCUCAUGGCUGGCUUUCUGGGGCAUCAUCGAAACUGGGAUAGCUGUCAUCAUCGGGUGUCUUCCUGCACUCGCCAUCAUAUAUCGCAAAGAACGAUCCGCCAGACGGACGUCCUUUAAGGGAUCCUCGUCGAUGGAAGGGAAUUCGCACAAGGACACCAUACCGCUAUCAAACGCGCCAAGCGGGACAAAGAGAAAUUGGGUGCAUUACGAUGUCUCUGCCUCCACACCUCCCCCAACUGCUUCAAAGCUUAAUGGGAUCGCUGUAACCCAAAGCGUUGCUAUGGACGAGGAGUAUAACCCCCGUCGUCCUGGUAGAUAG